GCGUGGCUUCCGGAGCGGAUCGGAACCCGGAGCGCGGAUCCGAUCCGAGUCUGGCCAUUCCCCCCCGGGCAGGUUUAGAAAAUGGAUGAAGAUGGCAGUGAAGAGAUUGUGUUUAUUUGGUGCGAGGACUGUCGGCAGUACCACGAUUCAGAGUGUCCUGAACUGGGCCCAGUGGUUACAGUCAAAGACUCCUUUGUAUUAAGUAGAGCAAGAUCUUCUCUGCCUUCUAAUUUGGAGAUAAGACAAUUGGAAGAUGGGACUGAAGGAGUGUUUGCUCUGACUCAGCUAGUGAAACGUACCCAGUUUGGCCCAUUUGAAUCCAAGAGAGUUGCCAAGCUGGAAAAAGAAUCAGUUUUUCCUUUGAAGGUAUUCCAGAAGGAUGGUCCUCUGGUGUAUUUUGACACCUCAAAUGAAGAUGAUUGCAACUGGAUGAUGAUGGUGCGACCAGCCACUGAAUAUGAGCAUCAAAACUUAACUGCCCUACAACACGACAAUGAUAUUUACUUCACCACCUCCCGGGACAUCCCACCAGGAACUGAGCUGCGAGUGUGGUAUGCAGCUUUUUACGCCAAAAAAAUGGAAAAGCCAGUGCUGAAGCAGGUCACUAGUGUUGCCAAUGAUAUGUGCUUGGUAGUGACAGAGUCUGAUAAAGAAGGGAAUAAAGUCUCUUCAAAACCUUCAUCUGCUGUGUUACCCCAUAAGAAAACGAAGAAAUCCAGCACACCAGCAGCUGAUCCAGCAGUGAAUGCUCCAGAAGGCAGUGGAGCUGCAGAAGCAGAGUCCAGCCAGUGGACAUGUAAAGUGUGUUCAUCUGUCUUCCAGGAGCCUCAGCUGCUGACAGAGCACUUGCUGACUCACCUGGAACAAGCUAAAGGUGCCCCCCAAGCCAGCCAAAAUGAGGCUGUUGCAGAGAAAGCAGCAGAGGCUCCUCCUGAGGAUCAGACAGUGAUUUGUGAAUCAGCCAGUGCCAGUACAGAGUCAAGGAGGAAGGCCAGGCGGGGAAGAAAGCCCAAAACAGCAAAAGCAGAAAUACCUCUAGUCGUUGUUGAAGAGGAAGAUUCUGCAGCGGAACAAGUAGUUGACGUUGUAACUGAGGUCCCACCAGAAGGAGUAGCCCUGCCUUCAGCUGCAGAAGAGAGGAUUAUGGAACUGGUUUUAGGAAAGAUGCCUAGCACCACAAAUAGCGUCGGUUCAGUGACAAAUAGGUUUGCUCAUCACCAAAACACCAUGUCCCUCAAAAGAAGUUUAAUUCUCUCCAGUAGACAUGGUAUACGGCGGAAGCUGAUAAAACAGCUUGGGGAGCACAAGAGAGUCUACCAAUGCAGUAUCUGCAGUAAGAUCUUCCAGAACAGCAGCAACCUCAGCAGGCACAUCCGUUCUCAUGGUGACAAACUGUUUAAAUGUGAGGAAUGCGCAAAGCUGUUCAGCCGUAAAGAGAGCUUGAAGCAGCAUGUUUCAUACAAGCACAGCAGGAACGAAGUUGACAAUGAGUACAGAUACAAGUGCACCACAUGUGAAAAGGCUUUUCGGAUAGAGAGUGCGUUGGAAUUCCACAACUGCAGGACAGAUGACAAGACAUUCCAGUGUGAGAUGUGUUUCAGAUUCUUUUCCACAAACAGUAAUCUUUCAAAACACAAGAAAAAGCAUGGGGAUAAGAAGUUUGCAUGUGAAAUCUGCAAUAAGAUGUUCUACCGAAAGGAUGUCAUGCUAGACCAUCAAAGACGACACCUGGAAGGGGUGAGGCGUGUGAAAAGAGAAGACUUUGAGCACAGCACGGAAAACAUGGUUCGCUACAAGAAGGAGCCUUCGGGAUGCCCCGUGUGUGGGAAGGUAUUUUCAUGUAGGAGCAAUAUGAACAAACACCUUUUAACACAUGGAGACAAGAAAUACACAUGUGAAAUCUGUGGACGUAAAUUUUUCAGAGUGGAUGUGUUGAGAGAUCAUAUUCAUGUCCAUUUUAAGGACAUAGCGCUAAUGGAUGAUCACCAGAGGGAAGAGUUCAUUGGUAAAAUUGGAAUCUCAUCAGAGGAAAAUGAUGACAAUUCUGAUGAAAGUGCUGAUUCUGAGCCUCACAAGUAUAGCUGCAAAAGGUGCCAGCUGACUUUCGGCAGAGGGAAGGAGUACCUGAAGCACAUAAUGGAUGUACACAAGGAGAAGGGCUAUGGCUGUAGCAUUUGUAAUCGACGCUUUGCCUUGAAGGCAACUUACCAUGCACACAUGGUCAUUCACCGGGAGAACCUGCCUGAUCCUAACGUGCAGAAAUACAUCCAUCCAUGUGAAAUCUGUGGAAGGAUUUUUAACAGUAUAGGAAAUCUGGAAAGACAUAAGCUUAUACAUACAGGUGUAAAAAGUCAUGCUUGUGAGCAAUGUGGCAAAUCAUUUGCUAGAAAAGACAUGUUAAAAGAACAUAUGCGAGUCCAUGAUAAUAUCCGAGAAUACUUGUGUGCAGAAUGUGGCAAAGGAAUGAAGACAAAACAUGCACUUCGUCACCACAUGAAACUUCACAAAGGGAUUAAAGAAUAUGAAUGCAAGGAAUGUCACCGAAAAUUUGCACAGAAAGUCAACAUGCUGAAGCAUUACAAAAGACACACGGGAAUCAAAGAUUUCAUGUGUGAGCUCUGUGGCAAAACAUUUAGUGAGCGAAAUACAAUGGAGACUCAUAAGUUGAUCCAUACAGUAGGAAAACAGUGGACGUGUUCAGUCUGUGAUAAGAAGUAUGUCACUGAUUACAUGCUGCAGAAGCACAUCCAGCUCACUCAUGAUAAGGUAGAAGCCCAGAGCUGUCAGCUGUGUGGGACAAAGGUUUCUACCAGAGCAUCCAUGAGUCGACAUAUGAGGCGUAAACAUCCAGAGAUCCUUUCGGUCAGGAUUGGUGAUUUAGAGCAUCUGCCAGAAACUACUACCAUCGAUGCCUCCUCAAUAGGGAUUGUUCGGCCGGAAUUAGCCUUGGACCAGGGAGAAUUGCCAGAAGGGAAACAGCAGACGAAAGCUCCUAAACGUGGCCAGAAACGAAAACAAAAGUCCGGUGAGGAGGAAGAGGAAGCUCAAGUGCCUGAGGACCCUGCCUUCAGUGAAUACACAGAGAAGGAAAGUGAGUUCACAGGGAAUGUUGGAGAUGAGACUAAUUCAGCUGUACAGAGCAUCCAGCAGGUGGUGGUGACCCUUGGUGACCCAAAUGUCACAGCCCCUUCCCGUUCUGUCGGGCUGACAAAUAUCACUGUUACCCCCAUUACGACGGCAGCUGGAACCCAUUUCACAAACCUCCAGCCAGUGGCUGUGGGCCACCUGACUGCACCUGAACGCCAGUUACAGCUGGACAACUCAAUUCUCACUGUGACAUUUGACACCGUCAGUGGUUCUGCCAUGCUGCACAACCGCCAAAAUGACAUUCAGAUCCAGCCUCAGCCAGAGGCAGCUAAUCCUCAGUCUGUGGCCCAUUUUAUAAACCUGACCACUUUGGUGAACUCCAUUGCCCCUCUAGGGAACCAGAUAACAGAACAGCAUCCUCUAACGUGGAGGUCAGUGCCUCAGACUGAUGUCUUGCAGCCCCAGGCACAGCCAGCGCAACAGCAGUCGGGACAGCAACAGGUUCAAACAGAGCAACAACAACAGAUGUAUAGCUACUAAUUUAUACUUUAAGAAGUUUUGAAAAUGGACAGUACUCAAGAGACAAAAACACUCAGACGUUUGAAAAAUUUGUAAUAGGAUUGUUUGCUGGAUACCAAACAGAUGGGAAAAUGUUUAUACAAUGAAAUGUAAGCUAAAAUUGGCAUAGCACCCUGCAACACCCUAAUCUGGAGACUCUUGUACUGUCUCUAGACCUUGCACUGUCUUGAAAAAAUAGGAAGAAAAAGGAAAAAAAAAAUCUCACUGUAAAUCUCGCACCCCCUUGCACUGUGUAUUUUGUGCAGUACUAUUGAGAUUUGACAGGAGCAUCAUAAAACACGUUAACCAAAGCAGGGAAAGCCUAAAUAUGAUGGCAUUGAUGAUUUACAAACCCCUUUCAGCCAUAGCAUAUCACUUCUUUCCAGUCUGGAAGUUACAUACGAAGACCUUGUUCACAGUGAGGUGGAAUGCACUUGCGGUCAGCUGGUAGAGACUGGAAUAUAAAGACACAAAUGGGCGAAAUGAUAAUUGUCUUUUUAUCUUCUUUAGGUGUUGUAUCUAACAACAUUGGUAAAGUAGGUGGAGGUUGGGGCUUUGUGGGGGGAGAAGUGUGAUGUGGAAGAAAAUAUACCAAUUUCACAAAGUAUUUCCACUUUAGUCAUGGGAAAACCCCUGUACACUUAACACAGUGUUAGUGGUACUUGAGUCAGAUAGCUGGUCUAAUACUGAAGCAGUUUUUAUGAUCUUCUAGUCAAGUUUGAAUCAAACCAGUUAUGAGUUGGAAAAAAGGAAUGUGAUACAGUCUCAUGUGAUUUUGUCAAAACUGCUCUUUCAAUCUUGCUUUUAGCUAAUAGGUCUGAAGAGCAAUCAGUCCCCUUUGAUCAAGUUCAAGAUAUGGAUUUUUUUCAAUUAGUCUUCUUUCAUGAUGUAAUAAACAUUUGAAAAAGCAUUCUUUUUAUAUAUAUAUACACACACAUAUAUAUAUAUAGCCUUAGUACUUUACUGUGUGUUCCUGGUGAGUGUUUGUGAAGAAAAAACCAAGACUGUUAUCGAUAUGGUUCAUUAAUUUUGUCAUCCCCAUAUUGCCCUCUCUGACAGAAAUACUGUAUGGGUUCUAUUCCUUCUGUUUCCAAAACUAUUUCUAAAAUUCAUAGCCACACACAGGAUUGUGUAAAAUGCAAGAAAAAAGAAUGUCUGAAGCCUAUUCUGCCACGUGGAGGCAGUGUGCCCUAGUGCAUAAUGGGCAAGGUUUGCAUGACUGUUGGGGUUGGGUCAGAUACAUCAUAGCUUAUAGUACAUGUUCAUUCCAUUCUCCAUACAUUGAUGUGCAGUCUGGACUUUUGCAUGUCAAGAACAUAGUAUCUUUCCCACAGGGGAAAAGCAGCUGAUAUCAAAAAGGAAUAAACUUAAAAAAAAAAAACAAAUUAAAAUAAUAGAAGUUGCUGCUUGGAAUCUUGAAAGGCAAAUCUAUCCUUCCAGCUAUGGCUGAAGAACAAGGCCCUUUGGGGCAGCAGACUGAGACACGGAACUGUACUAAAGUUUUUGCUGACGAUGAAGCAGCUGCUGUAUUUGAAAGUGAAGACAGAUUGACAGUUGUAAAAAUCCUGUCUGUGCCUAUCGUAUUUAUAAAAAUGCUCUAUGUAUUAACAAAAAUAUGAAUAGGAAUGACUUCAGCUUUGAAAGUUGGUGUUAACACGGACUACUUGACCCCUAAAGGUUGCCUUAUAAUUUCUGCAAAAAAUUCUUCCAAAGUACAAAUGUCUGGUAUUAAAGUUAACCUCCAAUGGUUUUCUUGGUGCCAUAGCAGUGUCCAAGAGGGUCACUAUGCUAGGCUCUGCGUAAAGCUUAGUUGCAACAGGACAUGUAUAAGGAAGGGGUUUCUGGUGACAGAUACUGUGGGUCAGAGGAGCGGAAAUACUUUUCUGUAAAUGUCAACAAGCCUAUAAAAUGUCUGCAUGGGAGGGAUCUAUAUUUAAUGGGACAAGGUUGCAUAUCAUCAAGAGAAAGUAUUUUUACUGGUGUGGGAAAGAGAAUUUUACAUUCUCUAGCCCCUUCUGUCUUGCUCAUAUCCUUUUCACGCAAUACCAUGAGAUCCUGUAAUUUUAUUAGCCUCCUCAAUCUUGAGAAGUACAGUUUUAUGCCGUUUUAUCACCUGGAUUAUUUCAUAACUGGCUUGGGCCAGUUAAGUUUCUUCUCAGCUGUCCUGUUUGCAAAUGCUUCCCCUUCACACCAAAACCACUGCUCAAGAUGAAGCUAGGUUUUAUUUAUUAAAUAUGCUGUUUAUGUACUUGAAACUUUUUCUUUUUUCUUCUUUCUUUUUUUCUCCCUCCUUUCCUCCUUUCUUCCUAUCCUCCUUUCCUCCUGCUGGGUUUGGUACCGAAUACGUGAAGGCAUGUUAUCUUUUGGCAGGGCACUUUGGAAGGAAAAAAAAAGGGGAGGGUGGGGAGAGGGAAGGCAGAUGUAAAGGUCCGAGGUCAAGCUGUUAUAGUAAAUAAAAGAUGGCUAACGUCUAAAAAAUAUGUGUGUAUAAUAUAUACACACACAUGAAGUGUUAUGGUGCUGUAUAUAAAGUUUCUAGAUGGUCAGGGUUUUGUUUAGACAUAUGUAAAUGGUGAUUAAGCUUUUAAGUGGGAAGAAGAAGUUUUUUUGCCUUAGCUGCAGAGUGAGUACGUCUGCUCUAUGUUAAUACCACUGACAGUAGCAUUCAUGAUGCAUUGAAUCAACCUGAGUCAUUUUAACUUGUAAUUGCCUGUUUGAUAAGAAUUGGACAUGGAGGUAAUUAACCAUUAUAGAGACCUCUCUGACUUCACAGAACCUCUUCAUCCUAAUGUGACCUUCUAAUAUUCUGUACUCAGGCUGCCUAGCAUCCCUCCACGCUAACUGGCCUGCAUAAUCCCAUCUAGGCAAGUUAGCAUCUUACCUUUCUAGCUGAUUUAAGAAGGAAUGGUGCUUGCAUGUUGGUGGUCACAUAGCAAAGAAAUGUCUUUCUUCAGUCUCUCAGUAUCCCCAAAAUCAGAAUCAUAAUGACCAGGUUGGAAGAGACAUUAUAGAAGAUAACCUGGUGCAGCCUGUUUUGGGAAAGGGAGCCUAGAAGAGAUUAUCUAGCACCCUGUCCAAUUCUAUCCUCAAAACCUCCAGUGACAGGGACUCUACCACAUCCCUGGGAAGGUUGUUCCGGUGGUUGUUUGUUCUUACUGUAAAAGUUAAAUAAUAUUCUGCUAUAGGAGGGAAAAAUUUAACCACUGACAGGGCUUUUAACUAGGUCAAGCAAUAGAAAGUUCUCUAAAAGCUAAUCUUGCUUUUAGAAUUUUCAGAAUAUUGCUUUUAGAAAUGAUGGUGUCUUUCCCUGCGAACAUUACUAUGGUACUUCAUCAUCACUCAGCGUGAUUUUAGUAUUAUUAUUGUUGUUAACAUCCCUAUGAGAACACAGCUGUAUCUUGGGUGUGAUGGAACAUGAAACAUUUCAAAACAAGUUAUUUUGGUUUUGUUCCAAACAAAUUACUUUGUUUAGAGAAGUUGGAAAUCCAUGCCUUUUCAGACAGAGUUUACCUUGGAGAACUAUUGACUGUCAGCUGCCCUCCCAACUAGGCCUUUUUCAGUGAAUACCAAAGUUAUACUGAUGCUAUUUCGAACUGCACAAGAAAUAAAACUAUGUAAGGGACGUGCAAUCUAAAUUUCCUUGCCAAUGUGUUACUAGCCCUUUCAGCUCUAGGAUGUGAAGAUUAUUGUUUUCGGACGUGUUGGAGAUUUUGCGUAACAACUAUUCAGUAACAAACUGGAAUUACUUUGAGCCAAAGGAGUGAUGAUGUGUAGUGUUCUGUGUAUUGUUAUUGUUUAUUGCUAAGACUGUUAUUUCAUUGAAUGCUGUCUGUGGCAAAUGGGCUCUGAAGUAAAGGAGCAUCGAGGUGCAGAACCCUUUCUCUACCAGUGUUGUUCUUUUCUGUUCCUUAAUUAAUGCAUCAAACUUCUUUUUUCUUCAAAUCACAUAGACUUGCUUCAAAAGCAAUAAGCUUUAUCAUUAUCUCACGGAACUUUCUACAUCCCACAAUAUACAGAAACAUGGGAUAACAUUCUAAAACAUUUAUUCUGUAGUUUGUUACUGGGUAAGAACAGAAAGCAGAGGAGACUGAAUCCUUCUUGGCUGUGGUCUGUGGUGAGUUCUCUCAGGAAAAAGCACUGUAUCAAGUGCUGUUAAGCUCUCCAAAAUAUUCUUUUUAGAUGUCAUUGUGAAAAGUGAGGAUUUUUGCAGAAGUUUACCAUUCAGUCUCCUAUCAGUCUAACCAGCUAUGGUUCUGCACCUUUUUAUUGUUUAUUGUUUUAUUGUUUACUUCAAAUUGUUUGAAGUAAAUGGCCAGGUAACAGUUGAAUUUACUUCUAGAACUGAAUUUUCUGUCAGUUUGCCGGAGUGAACAGCUAGUGUUGGGCAUACAUAAAGAUGCCUGAAUUUCUUAUCUAGAAAACUAGGAAUGCAAAAAAAUACCAUACAUGCCAAUGACAAUCAUGUAAAAAAUACAGGUACCACAUGAAAAUCGAUAGGGUAAAUAGCUUUGUUAGUAUGGCUUUGUGAAUUGUCUUUCAGUAAUUCUUGGUGCUAUUUAAAGUAAUAACGUCACUUUUGGCUUUACAUUUAUUAUUGAUACAGGCAUACCUGCUGGAAGAACUUUAACCCUUUGUAAUUUUGGCAUGCCUUUUCAUGGCAGUUGUGUUUGUCUUAUCUGCUGUAAAGGGAGAAGGAAACAUAUCAGGGGAAGAUACUGCUGAUCUACUCCUCAAUGCACAGCAAAGCUCUGCUUGAAGUAGUUCUGGAAACAGACUGUGCAGCCAAGUGACUUGUGUCUGCAAGAUUAGUUACCAAGGAUUGUUUUCGCAUAAAGGCUUUUACCUUAUAGCAAACCCAGUGUCAUACCGGUAUCUGGAGAAAGGAGAACGGUAUUUCCCUCAUGUUUGUCAUCAACUCACCUUGGAGUGAUUUUCUUCAGUGCUGAGAUGCUUCUAUGGUAUUUGCACUGUAUGUAUCAAGAAGCCAUUAAAUUUUCUUGAUUCAAGAUCUUGGAACACUGUAAGAAUCCCCAGGUACUUCACCGUGCAGUGUAACCAUGGUUGGAAAAAUAUGUCUCUUGCCCUAAAAUGAUGUGAGAAAGCUGAUUUUUUUUUCCCCCUCUGGGUGCUAAAAUGCUGUUCUGCUGCCCACUACAAAGUGCACAGUGCAACUCAGAUGGGGACUCAGCAUAGGGAGCCCCUGUGGUACAGCUAAUGAUGGCUGAAACAUCGGAUGGCUUUUCUAGGAAGGCCAAGCGCACUAUUGCUAAAUGUAAAUUCCCAACAGCUGAGUUGAAAGGAGCAGAGAGGGUGAGAGUUGUCCAAGAGACUUCAGUCUUGCCCCUAGAGUCAGGAUUUCAUCAACGUUUGUCAUGUAAUGCUGUUGUUCUGCCUUAACCAUGAGCUAUUUUAACCAGUUACAGUGCCUGGUUACUUGCUAACAUUACAGAAAAGCUGGUUAUUAAUUGCAGUGGCUGUUAGAGCAGCUGGUGUCAAAAGCAAUUAAAAUUACCAAGUUUGGGGGUUCAUUUCAUCUAAAGCAAAGUUUUUAAGUUCUAAAGGAGGACUUAUCCAGAGGAGGACCACAAAGAUGAUCAGAGGGCUGCAGCACAUCUCAUGGGAAGGCAGACUGAGAGUGUUUGGCUCGUUUAGCCUGGAGAAGAGGAAGCUCUGAGGAUACCUUAUAGUGACCUUCCCAGUACCUGAAGGGGCUACAGGUAAGAUAGGGAGGGGCUCUUUAUCAGGGUGUGCAGUGGUAGGUUGAGGGGUAAUGGUUUAAAGCUGAAAAAAGGGAGAUUUAGGUUAGAUAUUAGGAAGAAAUAUUUUAUGGUGUGGUUGAUGAGGCACUGGAACAGGUUGUCCAGAGAAGUCAUG